AUAUUUUGUUGGGAUAUGGUCGAGGUUCACUUGCAGCCUCUCGAUCGAGUUAUGAGGCAAUUUGGAAUGAUACAGGAGAUACCACCAACUCCGUUUCCAUUUGAUCCCACACAUUUUAACCACGAUCGUCGGGGAAGGCCAAAUACAAAUUGGGAAUUGGAGCAUGCACAAUGGUUGCCAUUUUGGCACCAACGACUUCGAUACGUUAUUAAUGCACCGGUCAAUCAUGAACCACUUCGGUACGAUGACCCCUACCUUGUUUGGUUCAGACGCAUUACUCGUCUUGUUAUUGGUAAUCCUACUUCGCGUCCUCAGCGGCAACAAGGUUAUGUGCCUAAUGCAACGGCUUAUGAAGCAAUGGUGCGUUAUAUUCAUUCAGUGGUUGAUAAAGCAAAAUCACUCGGUGAUCAACCAUUAUUUGAGGAAUUUUAUAUGUUUCGUGCAAUGGUGCGGAGUGAAGGUGAAAAGUGCUUGACAUAUGUGCACGAGGCUGAUAGAAUUCAUUUACAAGCCGAUUAUAAAAAAGAUGGGGUACAUGCUGACCAUAUACGUCCCUCUGUUCGUAGCCGAGGAAAAGGUGGUGUUCUUUGGUAGGAGGGAACGUGCUAUUAAGAGAGGUCAAGUGUCUAUUGAAAUGGAUGAAAUGCAUCAGGAAGAUGCCCAAGCAGUCCCGGAAGAUGAUCCAGCAACAACAAAUUGUAAUAUUGGUUCCACUUCAAGGGGCGACACUCACGAAUUCACUCAGGCAUCAGGUAUGACAUAUCAACCAACAAC